AUGCUUCUUGCAAUGGUAGGCAUCACUGUCGCCACCGAGCAGUUCUCAGUGAAUCCGCGAUCGGAAGCCGGUUCGGCGGUGGUUGUCAUGUUUUUCAUCUUUCAGUUUGGAUUCGAUAGUGGCUACGCUCCCCUUGGGACCACCUAUUUAGCGGAGAUCUGCCCUUUCUAUUUAAGGGCGAAAGCAGUUUCUCUUCACUACUUCAUCACCAUGGCGAGCGCAGUUGCUGGGCAGUACGCAAAUCCUGUCGCUAUGAGUAACCUGGGUUGGAAGUACUACCUGUGUUAUGUAGCUGUCCUUGUUGUUGGGUUAGCACUUGCGUGGUUUGCAUUUCCAGAGACAAACGGAUACACUGUCGAAGGUAUUGAGAGAAUUUUCGAUGGAAAUAAGGAGUAG